AUGGCUGCCUCUAUCAAUCAUGCACACCCUCGCCAUAAUGCACCCGAGACAGGGUGCAAGUUGGUCAAUCGGUUGCAAGAAAGCAAAUCCCCUUAUGUCCGAGGGCAUAUGAACAACCCAGUAGCAUGGCAAGUCUGGGAUGCAGAAUCUAUGGAGCUGGCUAAGAAGCACAACCGUUUAAUAUUCCUCAGUAUCGGUUACUCCGCAUGCCAUUGGUGCCAUGUCAUGGAGAAAGAAUCGUUCAUGUCGCCGGAGGUAGCUGCGAUUCUAAACGAAUCUUUUAUUCCCAUCAAGGUUGAUCGUGAAGAGCGCCCGGACAUUGACGACGUCUAUAUGAACUACGUGCAAGCCACAACAGGGUCUGGCGGUUGGCCAUUGAACGUCUUUUUGACGCCAGAUUUGGAGCCGGUGUUUGGAGGAACUUACUGGCAAGGCCCUAAUUCACACACCUUCACCGGACCCGGGGCAAUUGGGUUCGUGGAGAUCUUGGAGAAGCUGAGGGAUGUUUGGGACACCCAGCAGCAACGCUGCCUCGAAAGCGCUAAAGAGAUCACCAAGCAACUAAGAGAAUUCGCUGAAGAAGGGACACACUCUCAGCAAGAGGAACGCGAUGGUGACGAGGACAUGGACAUUGAGCUUCUGGAAGAAGCAUAUCAGCAUUUUCGCUUCGCGGUCACAGACGUGGUAGGAAAGGAUGAGUGCGAACAAGCAACUGCUAUGGCAGUCACCACGUUGGUGAACAUGGCUCGUGGUGGACUUCGGGAUCACAUCGGCCACGGGUUUGCACGCUACAGCGUGACGAUGGACUGGGGUCUUCCUCACUUCGAGAAAAUGCUUUAUGACCAGGCGCAGCUGUUAGACACAUACGUCGAUGCUUUCCGCUUGACUCAUGACCCCGAGCUCUUGGGCGCAGUUUAUGAUUUGGUCGCCUACUUGACAACCGACCCGAUACAGUCGCCCACCGGAGGGUUCUUCUCAUCCGAGGAUGCAGAUAGCUACCCCAGUGCAAACGAUACGGAGAAGCGAGAAGGCGCCUUCUACGUUUGGUCACUGAAGGAAAUUACUCAGGUUCUGGGCCCCCGCGAUGCCCCCGUUUGUGCCAAACACUGGGGUAUUCUCCCCGAUGGCAACGUCCCCCCUGAGUAUGAUCCACACGAUGAGUUCAUGAAUCAAAAUGUGCUGGCCGUGAAGGCCACCCCAAGUAAGCUCGCGAAAGACUUUGGACUCAGCGAGGAUGAAGUGGUCAGAAUCAUCAAGGCGGGAAAGCAAAAGUUACACGGUUAUCGUGAACGUACUCGCGUCAGGCCUGAUCUAGACGACAAGAUCAUUGUGGCUUGGAACGGACUGGCGAUCGGUGCGCUUGCCAAAUGCAGUGUCCUCUUCGAAGAGAUUGAAAGCUCCAAGGCUGUCCAUUGCCGGGAAACUGCCGCACGGGCAAUCAGCUUUAUAAAAGACAACCUAUUUGACAAGGCUACAGGACAAUUAUGGCGAAUCUACCGCGACGGAAACCGCGGAGACACACCAGGUUUCGCCGACGACUAUGCAUACCUAACAAGUGGUUUGCUGGACAUGUAUGAUGCCACUUUUGACGACAGCUAUCUCCAGUUCGCCGAGCGACUGCAAAAGUACCUGAACGAAUACUUCCUUGCCCAGACGGGCUCUACUGCUACCGGAUAUUACAGCACACCAUCAGUGACCACCCCCGGGAUGCCUGCUCCUCUCCUCCGUUUGAAGACCGGCACCGAAUCAGCCACGCCCUCAAUAAAUGGAAUCAUCGCGCGCAACCUAUUGCGUCUCGCUGCCUUACUCGAAGAUGAGACCUACCGAACCUUGGCGCGACAGACUUGCAAUUCUUUUGCUGUGGAGAUCAUCCAGCACCCAUUCCUAUUCGUUGGUAUGUUAGAUGUGAUCGUGGGUCUGCAAAUUGGCACCCGCACCGUGACAGGUGUUUUCGCUACAGCCGACCUCUCAUCGCUGCCUAAUCCUCGUGGCGACAGUCUGAGUCGCAAUGCCGAGCCUGUCUCUGCACGCGACCUGAUCCGCCGGCGAGUCCGGGCUGAGGCCGGCGUGGCCGUCUCCUCGUCCAUCGCAGUGACCUCUCUCGUUGACAUCCGUCCCUCGCAUCUGAAAGACUUUGUGGGGAACGAGUCGUUCUGGCUCAAAAUGCGCAACCCGCUUUUCCAAGAACUCAAGGCUGCCGAGCCCGCCAAAAACCAUCUUCUGGUCUGCGAGUCUGGGCGAUGCAACACUAUUGAGCUUUAG